UCGCUGGUCAGCCCAUCCAGGCCAGUACAAAUGCAGCCAGGGUCGGGGUGAGCUGUUUUAGCUGUGUGAUGGAGAAGCUACGGGUCGGCUACCUAUGCCUCGGGGCGCGCCUCAGCUGCCUACGUCGCAGUCUCGGGACCCCCACCCAGACCCGCCACCGGAGCUUGACCUCCUGCAUCGAUCCUUCCUUGGGACUAAAUGAGGAGCAGAAAGUAUUUCAGAAAGUAGCCUUUGACUUUGCUGCUCGGGAAAUGGCUCCAAAUAUGGCAGAGUGGGACCAGAAGGAGCUGUUCCCUGUGGAUAUGAUGCGGAAGGCAGCCCAGCUAGGCUUUGGGGGAGUCUACGUCCGAACAGAUGUUGGUGGAUCUGGACUGUCAAGGCUCGAUACCUCUGUCAUCUUUGAAGCCUUGGCUACAGGCUGCACCAGCACCACAGCCUACAUGAGCAUCCAUAAUAUGUGUACAUGGAUGAUUGAUAGCUUUGGAAAUGAAGAACAGAGACACAAACUUUGCCCACCACUUUGUGCCAUGGAGAAGUUUGCCUCCUACUGCCUCACUGAACCAGGAAGUGGAAGUGAUGCUGCAUCCCUUUUGACCACAGCUAAACAACAAGGAGAUCAUUACAUCCUCAAUGGCUCCAAGGCCUUCAUCAGUGGAGGUGGUGAGUCAGAUAUUUAUGUAGUUAUGUGCCGAACUGGAGGACCAGGCCCCAAAGGCAUCUCAUGCAUAGUUGUGGAGAAGGGGACCCCUGGCCUCAGCUUUGGCAAGAAGGAGAAAAAGGUGGGGUGGAACUCCCAGCCAACCCGAGCUGUGAUCUUCGAAGACUGCGCUGUCCCUGUGGCCAACAGGAUUGGGAGUGAGGGGCAGGGCUUUCAUAUUGCCAUGAAGGGACUGAAUGGCGGGCGGAUCAACGUUGCCUCCUGUUCUCUGGGGGCUGCUCAUGCUUCAAUCAUCCAUACCCGAGAGCACCUCAAGGUCCGGAAGCAGUUUGGAGCUCCUCUGGCCAAUAACCAGUACCUACAAUUUCAAUUGGCAGACAUGGCCACACGGCUGGUUGCCUCAAGACUGAUGGUCCGAAAUGCUGCUGUGGCCUUGCAGGAAGAGCGGGAAGAUGCAGUGGCCCUGUGCUCUAUGGCCAAGCUCUUUGUUACAGAGGAAUGCUUUGCAAUCUGUAACCAGGCUUUGCAGAUGCAUGGCGGCUACGGCUACCUGAAGGAUUAUGCUGUUCAGCAGUAUAUGCGGGACGCCAGGGUCCACCAAAUUCUAGAAGGUAGCAACGAGGUGAUGAAGAUGCUGGUCUCUCGAAGCCUUCUUCAGGAGUAGCACACGUGGGGUAGCCUGGCAUGGUUCACUGUGCAACUGCCAUCAGCACUGAGUGCUUCCGCAUGGGCUGUUCACUUCCAAGUGGGAUCAUGGAAUAUGAAGGGUCAAGCUUUUCCAAGGUGUGACCUGCACUUUGUGUUGUCAGUUGUGUUGGCUCUUGGGCUAUCACCGAGUACUCAGAACCACAAGAGCUGCCCUGAUAAGUCAUGUCUCUCUCACACACGCACAAUCCUUGCCACGUUUUUCCCCUAAGGCCAGAAGGAAAAUCAGGGAACACUUAUUAUCAGAGACUUGCCUUGAAUCCCUAUGGUUUUGAUUGGUCUACAUUGUACCAGCUCCCUUGAUUCCUCUCCCAGGGGACUGGGUGCCUCCAUUGAGGCUUUCCCUGAUCAUUGAACAGAGAUGUGGAGAGGCUAGGAGAGGAGAGGGCAGAGAGCAUGCCCUGUUUUUGCCCUCUGUGCCAAAGCCUCAGUGCCUCUGGCUAGCACUGUGAAUGUGAAUGGGAUAAAGCAAGUAUUUGGGAAGCUGUUGCUAAGCUGUGCUUAGUAUGUGUCUGCACUUGGGAGCUACCCAAUUAAUCAAUGGCUGAUGUUAGUUGGAAUUUUGAAUGUGUGCUGGUUUUUUUUGUUUUUUUUGUUUUUUUUGAGAAGCCUGUUGUCUAUGAAUGAUAUGUAGGAUUUCUAUCAACCUUUUUGCUGAGUACAUUUUUUCUAUCUGGGCAACUUUUGGAGUCGCUUCUCUACUGAAAUAAUUUCAAUCAGUACAUUUGGUAAAUAAAAUCUCCCCCUUUUUAUGCUAUCACCAUUUCUACUAAUGUCAGUUUUAACUUCUCCUUGUAAACUAAGCCUCUACUAUUUCUAAGAAAUGUGUUGUAUUUGAUUAAACAUUUCACUGGAUUUGGAGUAAUAGUUAAAAAUCUCUCCUAGGCUAGUUUUUGUCCUUUAGGAAGUAUGCCUCAUGGGCUGGAGUCAUAGCUCAACUGGUACAGUGCUUGCUUAGCAAGUGGGAGGCCCUGAGUGCGAACACUAGCAUUGCCCAAAGGAAUGAAUGUGUAGACAAAUAAAUAAGUAAAUAAGAGUGUACUCUUUAAAUUAUUAA